GGAGGACGACGGCAUCAUGGAGCGGAUGGAGUCCAUGGAACCGAUCUCGGCGAACUACACCACGGCUUACCCGGAGAUCCAGCCCGACAGCGGCUACGGCUCCGGGGAGACCGAGAGCCAGGCGAAGACUCCACCAGCCCCGACAUAUGACGAGGAGUUGGUGCACAAGACAAUCCUGGUCGGGGACAGUGGAGUGGGAAAGACGUCUCUGUUGGUGCAGUUCGAUCAGGGCAAGUUCAUUCCUGGCUCCUUCUCAGCCACAGUGGGCAUUGGAUUCACGAACAAAGUGGUGACUGUGGACGAUGUAAAGGUCAGACUACAGAUUUGGGACACAGCAGGACAGGAGAGGUUCAGAAGUGUGACACAUGCAUAUUACAGAGAUGCACACGCUUUGCUCCUCCUGUAUGACAUCACCAGCAGAUCGUCUUUUGACAACAUCAGGGCAUGGCUAACAGAGAUCCAUGAGUAUGCACAGACCGACGUAGUCAUCAUGUUGCUGGGCAACAAGGCCGACAUGAACAGUGAGAGAGCCAUCAGGAGAGAUGAAGGAGAGAGGCUGGCCAGGGAGUAUUCAGUUCCCUUUAUGGAGACGAGUGCCAUGACCGGAGUCAACGUAGAGCUGGCCUUCACUGCUGUGUCCAAGGAGCUGAAGCACCGAGCCGUCCAGCACCCCAGCGAACCAAGUUUCCAGAUCCAUGAAUACAUUGAAGCACGGAAGGAGAAGUCAGGCUGCUGCAGCUACUUCUGAGUCCGCCUCCAUACACUCUGGCUGAACAGACUGCUGAGUAGGAGGAAGUCCUGUUAACUCACUUCUGCUCCCAAAAUACGAUGCUGCCAGUCACCCAAGACGAAAAGCCAAAAGUAGAGCAGUGGAGGACGAACCAAGCUAUAAACUCACAAAACUGCUUCCUGCAGUUUCUCCAAUACUUUUGACUGAUUUUUAUCAUUAUCAUUGUGAGCAUUAUGAUCUACUGAAUAUUUGUAGUAGACAUUUUAAGCAAAUCCUUACACUAUGCUAUUUGCUUUCUAUAUGAGAGUGAGAUGAUAAGAUCAAUACAAGUUCAUAGGUAGACUUGCUAGCAUAUACAGAAGGUGGAAGGCCAGUGGUUUCCUUCUGUCUUUUCUUAACACACCUGAACAUACAUCAAUGUGAUAAGAACUACUAAAAAGAGCCAUACCAACACCAACAUUUUCUUUCGUCUGUUGUUUAAAUUUGAUUUUGCAUCGAGCCAUUCGGGGUCGAUCCAGAUGAAUUUGCUUUAUUUUUGAUGAGCCGUCAUGUUGACCAUCUUUAAAUACAGUCGAUGGUACAAAUAUAUUUGUUCGCAAGUGACUCACAAGUUAUUCAAGUACAUUUGUGGCAUUCACGUAUUGCUAACGUCAGUAUGCUAUCAUGUUCAUAAUGACAAAGCUAGCAUGCGUGUUACACAAGAUAAGAGUUACCAUCUUCGGUUGAGCAUGGUGGUAUACUAAAAUGUACAAAAAAACAUUAAACAUAAAGUACAUCUGAGGUUGUUAUAGGAACACUAAGGGAAUAUGAAUUUCUAAAUUAAAGUUUAGAUUUUAACAGCAUUGUUGGUGGCUCUAUAGCUUUAAUGUUGUCUUACAGAUGUGAGUAGUAUCAACCUUGUCAUCUAAUGCUCGGCAAGAAAGCAUAGGAGGCCAUUUUCCAACAUGUCAAAUUAUUCCUAUGUAUAAUUUAUGCUUUUGUUUUAAUGGAUUGUUUUUAUCCUGCAAGGUAAUAUUUGUUGAUAUUUGUUGAUUAUUUGCCUUACAAAAUCAUUGACGCACAACCAUCAUUGCUGCAACCUUGUGCAACCAACAGGUCCAGACAAAGGCCACACACAAUGUCUGUGUCAUGAUUCAAAUCCAAGUGUGUGGACACAAGCCCUGCCUGUCCGUGACUCAGUCAAACUGCUCUAGUCUUCAGAAACUCCUCCAUAAGUGACAGCUGGAGAAAAUGCUGAUGCGUCAACGAUAAAAAAAAAAAAAAUGUCACCUGACAUGUGUGGAGGAUGAAAGAUUGCUGAAUAAGACCAGACGGAAUACGAGAUGCUUGGAUUUCCGAUGUUGUCCUUCAUUUGGGAAACACCUAAAACAUAGGUGUGAGUGAGUUAACAGGUUUUUCAUAAUUGUUUACAAAAUGUUGGCUGCAUUACUUUUUUCCUAAAAUGUAUAUUUAUUUAUCUAUUUAUUUAUUUAUUUCAGUUUGCAUGUCUGCUGGAUUGCAUGUAGCAGAUCUGUGUGCAGUGCCUCCAGAACAAACAGUAUUACAAUCUAUUUAUAUUUACAUCGAGAUCAACGUAGAAAUGUGAACAAUUAAUGUGGAUAUCUAAUCAUAUUUCAACUCAGGGCUCUCAGGGUUACAUUUUGUUUUGAAAUGCAAUACCCCAUGUGUAACAAGACCACCUAUUAAAGCUGCAUUCUUUAAUGAGAAUUCAUUUAGGGUUGAGGGUCUGGCAACAAUGUAUAGGUUUGAUCUUCACACUCUCAUUUUGGUCGCCACCAACUCCUGAGAUACCUGGUUAUUUGGCUGCUGUGUUCUGUGCUUUGCAGCUUUAUCUAUCUGUCAGACGCCCAAACAUUUACAAAACAAUUACACAGAUAUAUGUUUCUACCAGUGGCUAUAUUCAACUAUUGUUUGGUGCAGAUUCAAAGCACUGAUGAUGUCACAGAAACGGUUUCAUGUUUAAAAGAAGCACGUUUAUGAACAGUAUGCAACAAAUGUUUGAUAUUGAUCGUUAAUUGUAUGCUCUUUGUCAGCUUUGGGCAGCUCAGGUCUUGAUCUACAAUGACUCAGAUUUUGGCCUUUAGACUUUGUAUACACUGAACAGUUGUCUGUUGUCGGGCCACUAACUGCUAAAAGUUAUAUUUGAUGUGUUGUAUGCUGCAGAAAAAAUAAAUUAUUUUAACUGA